GUCAAACCUGAGCACCACAACUGCCCUGUGCAACUUCUGGUUUCUUGUAUAUGGCAUUGUCUUACUUUCUAUCUACAUUUCUUUGUUGUUCCUUCUGUGGGCCGGUCACCAAUCUACUGUUGUGAAUAACAGUCAGAAUGACACCUUUACUCUUUAAAGAUGCAUUUUGGGGCUCAGAUUUUACCAGUAACAGUGGAUAUGAUAAUCUUAUCCAGAGACUAUAUGAUGGACGACGUGCUUGCAAAGAUAUGGAGGAGCUCUUAAAAAUGAGAGCGAUGGCAGAGGAACGGUAUGGCAAAGAACUUAUUGCUAUUGCACGCAAAACAGGAGGUCAAAGUGAAAUUAGUACUUUGAAGGCAUCAUUUGACCAACUAAAAACUCAAAUGGAGAACAUUGGGAAUUUGCACAUUCAGCUGUCUGGAAUGUUACGGGAGGAGGCGAAACGUAUGGAACAGUUCAGAGAACGACAGAAGGAACAGAGAAAGAAGUUUGAGGGUGUCAUGGAAAAAGUUCAGAAGAUGAAGGUGUCAUUAUAUAAGAAAACCAUGGAUUCGAAGCGGACAUAUGAUCAGAGAUGCAGAGAGGCUGAUGAAGCUGAAAUGACUGCCGAAAAACUCAACAGUACACCCACCGUAACCCCCAAACAAUCUGAAAGGAUUCAAACCAAAGCAAAACAGUGUAGAGAGGCCGCCACAGAUGCAGAGAAGCAGUACAUUUCAAACAUUGAGCAGUUGGAUAAGAUCCGUCAGGAAUGGGAGACGUCACAUGAAUGCACAUGUGAGGUCUUCCAGCAGCAAGAAGAUGAUCGCAUUAACAUUCUGAGAAAUGCUAUUUGGGUCCAUUGUAACCACUUCUCCAUGCAAUGCGUAAAAGAUGAUGAGUGUUAUGAGGAAGUAAGGUCGACUCUAGAAAUGUGUGACAUUACUGAGGAUAUCAACUGUUUCAUUAAAAUGAAAGGCACGGGCACCAGUCCUCCAGCACCCAUUGUGUUCGAGAACUACUAUGAUAAAGCAACCACAGCAGACAGCAAUGGCAUGGCUCGCUUUGGAGGAGGUGUGAUGAAGAGGUGUGUUUUCUUCCACUGGUUUUCGAGUCUCUUGCAAGGCAACUGCGCUAUCGGUACAAGGAAUAGUACUCUUGAGUGCACUCCUUCAUCAGCGCCACCCUGUGACAACGCAGAUGGGGUGUAUGCGUCCAUACCUGGAUUUCAACCACAAACUCCAAACGAUAAUGCCUCUCAAAGUGAAAAAUACCAGGCUCUGUAUGACUACAAUGCUCAGGGCCCUGAUGAGUUCUCCAUCUCUGUGGGGGAAGUGGUACUUGUGGUGCAGCAGGGAGAAGAUGGCUGGUGGGUGGUGGAGAGGAACGGACAGACUGGACUGGUGCCAGGUUCCUAUCUGGCCAAGAUCUGAAUCCAGAGCCGGAGCUGUAGCGGUCCACAGAACACUGGAAAAUCUCUCGCUGUCCUAAUACGCCCUUUAAUAACAGAGUGCUUAGGAGGAUUUAUUUUAGCUGAUCAGCAUUUUGCAGUAACACACCCAUAUGGGUCACAGAAAUCUAACAUCAGCUGUAAUACAGUGACAUUUAAAUAUUCAUUAUACUUUGCUAUCAUUGUUAUUUUGAUAGGGAUUUAUAUUUAUUGUAACAAUUAUUUAUUGUAAAUAACACCAUGCGAAUGUAUGACAACUUUCCUCUAGGCACUACGGACUUGCCAUGAUUUUAGUUUGGAGAGAAGACACUUAUGCUGCACAUGCAUGUUUUUACUGUAUAGAUAUCUUUACAGAAUUCAAAAUUACGACUAUGUUUUGAAAGUUAAUCAAAGAGACAAAAGUAAUAUAAAACAGGACUUCUUGGUAGGAUAAGUUUUUGUUCACAAUUGUAUCAUCCAUUGAUUGCUGAGUUCAGCAGUUUUUCAUUUAUCAUUUGGGUGGCAUAACCAAGCCGUGUAAUGAUUGUUCCCUUUAUGUUGCCAUGGACUUAAUAUGACAAUGAAUGUGACCCUCCCAGUGAAAACCCACAUGUAAAGUUAAUUGACCGUUUUUUUCAUAAAAUCAUUUCACAUAAUCUUCAAUUUUGAGUAAACCAUGUCAAAGAUUGAGGGGAAUGUUUAGGAUGCCAAUGUUCAAAAUGUCUGUGCGAAAUAAACGUAGUGUGAAUAAAAUCAUUCGUUUCACAGUGA